AGUACCCUUCUCUCUCUUCUUUCUUGCUUGUUCUUCUUUAAUUGGUAAAAUUGUGAAAAGCAUGGCACUUUCUGGGAUUAAAAGUGAUCAUAGAGGAGAAUUGAGGAUUCUUGAGAAUUUGGAUGAGUUAAGGACUGAGUUGGCUGACUAUAUUGCCGAGUUAUCAGAGGUUGCAGUGAAAGAGAGGGGUGUCUUUGCUAUUGCAUUGUCUGGUGGUUCUCUAAUUGGCUUAUUGGGAAAACUCUGUGAAGCACCUUAUAACAAGACUGUAGACUGGGGCAAAUGGUAUAUAUUUUGGGCGGACGAACGCGUUGUUGCGAAAAGCCACUCCGAUAGCAAUUAUAAGCUUGCAAAGGAUGGCCUUCUUUCCAAGGUGCCGAUUGUUCCCAGCCAUGUUCAUUCUAUUAAUGAUUCGGUCACAACAGAGGAGGCUGCCGACAAAUACACAUUCGUUAUCCGGCAGCUAGUUAAAACGAGGACGGUCAGUGUUUCCGACAUUAGUGACUGCCCCAAGUUUGACCUUAUCCUUCUUGGCAUGGGCCACGAUGGUCACGUUGCCUCACUAUUUCCUAAUCAUGCAGUGCUCGACGAGAAGGACGAAUGGGUGACUUUCAUCACCGAUUCCCCCGAACCACCACUCGAGAGGAUAACGUUCACUUUGCCUGUCAUCAAUUCAGCAUCCAACGUUGCAAUCGUCGUGAAGGGUGAGAGAAAAGCAGAGGCUGUGCACUUGGCAAUCGAUAACAUUGGACAUGACAGCCCGUCGCUGCCUGCAGGGUUGGUCCAACUGACGAAAGGGAAGUUGGUAUGGUUUUUGGACAAACCGGCUGCAUCUAAACUGGACGGUCUCCAAUUUUCCGAGUAGGGUCAAGUUUGUUCCGUGCCAAAGCGUAUGCUUGUUUGUGGUUGAGGCUUUUCAAACCUCGAUUAGUUCCUACUUCAUUUUCCCCUUUUGUUCUGUUACAUGUUCACCAUUUUUGGGUUUUUUCUUCCUCUCUUUUCAUUUUAUGAUGGCAAAGUUGAAUCUUUUUUUUGUAAGGAGGGGGAAAUAAAAGUUGAAUCCUUUUAUUUAUAGGAAUUAAAUUUUAGAA